AUGUCUGAAGCUACUCUCAAGCCACUGCGUGUCGCCAUCAUCGGCGGCGGGAUCGCGGGACUCUGCAUGGCGCUUGCGCUCCAGCAGCGGAUCGAGGAGGGUGCGGACAUUGAGUACACGGUCUACGAGCAGUCGCGCAAGUUUGGAGAGAUCGGAGCAGGAGUCUCCAUUGGCCCGAACAGCCAGCGGGUCAUGAGGGCCAUGGGUCUCGGCGCGGUUCUUGAUGCAGUGGCAGCUCCGCCAGGGAAGGACAAGGACCUCUGGUUCGCGUACAGGGUCGGAGACGCGGGCGAGAACCAGGAGAAGGAGUUUGCGCACGUUCGUGGAACGGAUGCGGCUUGCGGUUCUGUCCAUCGUGCCGACUUUCUCGACCAGCUGAUCAAGAAGCUCCCUCCGAACGUCGCCAAGUUCCAGCAUCGUGCCUCUCGGUACACCCAGCACGACUCUGGCGUCACAAUCCACUUUGAAGACGAGAACCUCCCUUCCGCCGAAGCCGACGUCGUCGUCUGCUCCGACGGGAUCAAGUCCCUCUUGCGCGGCCACAUGUACCAGAAGCUAGGCUUGGACAUGGAGAGCCAGAAGGCGCGGUACGCGGAGUGGAUUGCCUGGCGAGGACUGGUGCCCAGGGAGAAGUACAACGAGAUCUUUGGCGAGGGCGCAGUGGAGAACAUCAUGCAUGUCGGCACGGGCAGGCACAUCCUCACUUUCCCCGUUCGCGGCGGCUCGCUGAUCAAUAUCGUCGCUUUCGUCCGCGACGAGGAGCAUAAGAAGCUCGGCAACCACACCUCACCCUGGAGCGAACCCCGACCGAAGUCAGAGAUGAUGGAGGACUUUGCGCGCUUCAACGACCGGUGCAAGGCGUUGCUCGAGGCUAUCGACAAUCCCUCGAUCUGGGGAAUUUUCGCCAUCCCACAGCUCACGCGAGUGACGGACGACCGUGUCGUACUCAUUGGUGACUGCGGGCACGCGACGACGCCUCAUUGCGGUGCAGGAGCGGGUCAGGGCAUCGAGGACGCCUACUUUCUCGCGCAUUUCCUCGCGCACCCGUCAAUUCUCCGCGCCUCCUCCCCCUCCGCACGCACCACCGCCCUCAACCGCGCCCUCUCAAUCUACGAGUCAGACCGCCACCCACGCGGCGCAAAGGUCCAACAAUGGUCUCACAACGCGGGACUGUUGUAUGAGUUCCUUGGACCUGAGGGCAACGAUUUGGGCAAGAUGAAGGAGACAUUGGAGGGACGGAUGGGGUGGAUUUGGGAGUUUGAUCAUGAGAAGGAAUUGUGGAGGAUGAUGGACAAGAUUGGUGCGUCGGCGUAG